GAACGUUCUGUUCAUUUCUUCGAAGCUCUUCUUCUCGUGCUCUUAAAUUUUCCUUCCAACAUUUGCAGAGAAUACAUUCAAAACCGAUAAAUUCUACAAAUUCAAAGCUCAAGUUUUUAAUGGCGACUCUCUACAUGGUUCAACCCUCCUCCUCUCUCUACUUGAAAUCGGCCACGCGCCCACAAGCAUGCAUUUUACGUCCUUGCAUUGUAAGAAAGCCAUUGUCAGGCAAGAAAAGGAUAAAUGGAAUCAUAUACAGAAAUACUCCAUUUCCGUGGCGCAAAACCCUAAGUCGAGGAUCUCUGAUAUGUAAUUUUUUCAAGCAAAGCUUUGAAGAAGAGGAUAAAGAAAAUUACAACAGACUUGAAGACAAGAAGGAAGCAAAAGAUCAUCGCCCGCCUUUUAACUUAAAUCUCGCCGUAGUUCUCGCUGGUUUUGCCUUCGAAGCUUACACCACUCCUCCUGAGAAAGCUGGAGUUCAUGAAAUUGAUGCUGGCGACUGUGAAACAGUUUUUCUCUCAGAGCACUUUCUUCGUGAUAUCUAUGAUGGCCAGUUGUUUGUUAAGCUGAAGAAAGGUGUUAAUUUGCCUGCCAUGGAUCCAUGGGGAACAAGCGAUCCCUAUGUGGUCAUGCAAAUUGGUGAUUGUGUUGUGAAGAGCAAAACUGUAUGGGCGACAAAAGAGCCACAUUGGAAUGAGAGUUUCAGAAUAAAUGUGAAAGAUCCAUCCACAAAAUAUUUGCAGAUUGCAGUUUGGGAUGCAAAUCUUGUAACCCCACACAAACGCAUGGGAAAUGUAGGCAUCAAGUUGGAACCACUGGGUGAUGGAAACAAGCACGAGAUUCAGGUGGAACUGGAAGGAAUAGGCGGUGGAGGUCUGAUCUAUUUAGAGAUCAACUAUAAAGAUUUUGAAGAAAUAAAUGCAGAAAAGAGUGGAUGGAAAAUACCUUUUCUUUCAGAUAUUCAAUUGGCUAAAGGCUUAGAAUCUGCUUUGAAAACAGUUUUUGGAACUGAAAAUGUUAAAGUUCGUGAUUUUGUACUGUCUUCUUUUGGAAAAAUAGAACCACUUCUUGACAUUGGUAAAUUUGAAAAGAGUCAAAAUUUAGAGGGGAACUUGCAAAACACGCAGUCUUUUGAAAGCAUGUCAACUGAAUCAUUCCUUAAUGGCAAGACUGAGAUACAUAAUGAAUAUGAAAUAGAAACAGGCGACACUUUCUUGCAAUCAGUUGGAGAUGCAGGGUUUUCAGAUCAAAAUGAAUCUUCUAAAGGAAAAAGUAGUCCUGGUAAUAAAGGAACAAUGAAACUGACUGAUAGCAGUAUAAGCUCAGAGUUUGAUUUUUGGAAAAAUUUGUCAGAUAAUAUCAAUCAAGCAGUUGAAAGAGCUGGGAUAAACAAAGUUGGUUUUCCUUCUAUUGAGAAUGUUAGGUGGAGUGGAAAUGAAAUUAUUAAGAAUUUAGGUUUGCAAUCACAAACCCAAGCAGAUGAACGAUAUGUGGAAAGUGGGCUUGCUACCCCAAAACUAACAAUAGAUGAUAAUAAUCCUAUUACACUGCCUGAAGUUCAUGAGUCGCAAUUUAAACUCGUAGAUGUUAAGAAGACAUCUCAUGAUAUUUUAGGACAGACGGAGAGUAUUCUUGGUUCUUUGAUGAUGCUUACUACAUCUUUAACAUGCCAUAAAGGGAAUGGCAAAAAGGCAGAGGGUAAAUACAGGACAUCUUUAGGGGUGGAAACAUUUCCAGAAUCACCUAGUUCAAGCAAGAAUGCACUGCAUUCAACUGCAGCAUCUUUAACAAAUGGAAGACAGGAGGAAAUGAAGAGAAUGUUUACAACAGCAGAAAGUGCCAUGGAGGCUUGGACCAUGCUAGCUAGUGCACUUGGGUGCACAAGUUUUAUCAAAUCAGAAUUUGAGAAAAUAUGUUUCCUUGACAAUCGAAGAACUGAUACUCAGGUAGCAGUCUGGAGGGAUACUUCACAACAAAGGUUGGUCGUUGCUUUCAGGGGUACAGAACAAACAAGAUGGAAGGACCUAAGAACCGAUUUGAUGUUAGCACCUACUGGGUUGAAUCCUGAGCGAGUAGGUGGAGAUUUCAAAGAAGAGAUCCAGGUACACAGUGGUUUUUUGAGUGCAUAUGAUUCAGUCAGAAAUCGACUACUUUCUUUUAUCAAAACCUCAAUAGCAUUCACUGAUGGGGAGAAGGACAAGGCAUCCAAGUGGCAUGUUUAUGUGACUGGACACAGUCUAGGUGGUGCAUUAGCAACUCUUCUUUCCCUUGAACUUUCAUCAAGCGAAAUGGCAAAGCAUGGCUGCAUUGACAUUACAAUGUAUAACUUUGGCUCUCCUAGAGUUGGGAAUAAGAGAUUUGCAGACGAGUACAAUAAGAAAGUUAAGGACAGUUGGCGCAUUGUGAAUCAUAGAGAUAUUAUUCCCACAGUACCAAGGCUUAUGGGUUAUUGUCAUGUGGAUAAACCAGUAUAUUUUACUGCUGGAGAUUUACAAGAUGCCAGUGUGAAUACUAAAAUACUGGAGGAUGGGUAUCAAGUAGAUGUCAUUGGAGAAUCCACACCUGACACACUUUUUAGCGAGUUUGUAUGUGCAUUUUAGUAAAUUUUUUAACCUAGCGUGCAUUUUAAUAAAAAAAUUAACCUAAUGAUUGUAUCUAGAGAUGAAGUUAGAUGGUACAUGAGCAAAUUCAAC